CCUGCGCAGAGCGGCGCGGCGCUGCCGGCCAUGGCGCUCCGCGCGGGAGGGCCGGCGCUGGCGCUGCUGCGGGGCCGCCUGCGCCUCCCCGGGCCCGGCGCCCGCGGGCACGCCCGGCUCGGCCGCUCCGGCGCCGCCGCGCAGCCGGCUGCCGAGGAGCCGGGGGAAGAUGCUGAAGUCAGUACCAGAAAGAAGACAUUUGCUGAAGUCCAGACAGAACGACUGGAUCAAGCUGAACGGACUGUUUUAAUUAAAUGCCCAUCAAAACUUAAUGAAAAAAAAUUAUUGCAGUACUUAGCCAGUCAUGGGACUGUUAAGAGUCAUUUCUUUUUUGAAAAUCGUGGCAUCAGUGCUCUAAUAGAGUUUUCAGAAAAGAGCAGUAUAGCCUCAUUGCAGGAUGCUGUUGGGAUCCCAGGUGCUUCAGAGCAUCAUGUUGUUCCAUUUAAAUCAAGACUUUUUACUUUCACACUGAAAAACCCAGUGAGUCAACACGCUGAAGAGACACCGCUUCACCUCUCUCCUCAGUGUCACAUUCCAGUAAAAGACCUCAUUGAAAAGCUUUGUCUUGCAGACAGUAUAAGCAGUCAGAUGUACAUUCUCCUGAAUGAGUAUCAGCUUACAGAAGAAAACAUCAAGCUGCGAUUUCUGGCCUGUUCUUUGGUUCGGGAUUUUGCACGUGCAUAUUUCCCUGACAGCACAGUAAAGCCAUUUGGCUCUUCAGUCAACACAUUUGGCAAACUGGGAUCUGAUGUGGACAUGUUUCUGGACUUCCGUGAUACAGGAAAGCAUGCUACAAAAAUGAAAAAAGGUCCCUUUGAAAUGGAGUAUCAGAUGAAAAGAUUACCAUCGGAAAGAUUAGCAACUCAGAGGAUUCUCUCUGUGAUUGGUGACUGCCUUGAUAAUUUUGGUCCUGGGUGUGUGAAUGUCCAGAAGAUCCUCAAUGCCCGCUGUCCACUUGUGAAGUUUUCCCAUCAGCCAACAGGAUUCCAGUGUGAUCUGUCAGUGAGCAACAGCAUUGCAAUCAGAAGUUCAGAGCUCCUGUACAUCUACGGCUGUCUCGAUUCCCGGGUGCGAGCGUUAGUGUUCACUGUGCGCUGCUGGGCCCGGGUUCAUGGGCUCACUAACAGUGCUCCUGGCACCUGGAUCACCAACUUCUCCCUGACCAUGAUGGUCAUGUUUUUUCUGCAGAGGAGAUCGCCACCUAUCAUUCCAACACUAGACCAGCUUAAAGAACUGGCAGGUGAAAAAGACAAGCAUAUAAUUGGAGGAUAUGAUUGCUCAUUUGUCAGUGAUUUAAGGAAGAUUAAACCUACAAAAAACACAGAAACACUUGAUGUAUUGUUGGGUGAGUUUUUUGAAUAUUUUGGAAACUUUGAUUUCAGAAGGAAUUCCAUAAAUCUUCGAAAGGGAAAGGAAGUAAAUAAGCCUGAGUCGUCUCCUCUUUAUAUCUGGAAUCCCUUUGAACAAGACCUUAAUAUCAGCAAGAAUGUUAAUCAGCCACAGCUGGAGAAAUUUAUAGCUAUGGCCAGAGAAAGUGCCUGGAUUUUACAGAAGGAAGAUAAAACUCAGCAAAUGAUCAAUAAGGAACCUUGGGGACUGGCAGCUCUGUUGAUACCAUUUGGAAAAAAUUCCAGCAAGAUGAAGAAUAGGAUGAAAGGAAUAGGAAGUGAAACAAUCAGAAGCCUCUUGGACUCUUUAAGGUUAAAUAAUGCAAGCAGUCAACAAAAAGCAGUGGGAAAAUGACUUUAAGCACAGAAACAUAAUAGCUAAUAUUCUGUUUUAGGAAUUGAAUGUGACACGCAGUCCAAAGAACAUAAAUUUUAAAAUUUCUAUUAUGAGGAAUGGAGAAUCAAGCAAUCUCUGUUUUUCAUCAUAAUGAUUUUUGUACAGGUCUGCAUUCUUUCUGUACAUUUUUCUCCUCCUUACUCCUCACUUUUCCAUCUGUUUUAUGAAUGAAGAGUAUUCAAAUGUAAGUUUUACAGAUGCAUUUGGGAAAUAGCUUUCAGUUGGGCACUCUUCUGUAAAAAAGGCUGACAGGAGCAGUAUGGGAAAAAGCCUUUGGGAAUUCUCUUGGUUAGCAUACAAAUGAUAUGCUAAUUAAAAGCUCAAGAAGCAACCACCUUUCCAUGAAACCACAGUCUGAAAGAAGAUAAAUGUGUUGGAACCAUUGUUUCCAAUCCAGUCGUGUUUUGGAAGCCAGUAAAACCGAAGUGCAUGUAUCUAUUUUUGCAAUUGUUUUCCAUUCGUGUAGAUAAUGCCAAGACAAAAUAAAGAGAAUGGAAUUAGAUA